UAUCCGCAUUAAAAUAUAUAAAUUAAACAAUAUUUUGUUUAUUUUAUUAAUAGAUAUCAACUGUGAAAAUGGUGGAUAUUAUAAAUGAAUGCCUACAGCAAGUUAAGCUCUUGGAAGAGGUCGAAAGAUUAUUAUUUUCUGCUACAAGUACAGUUGAUUUAUCCACUGUAAUACGAUGGAACCAUCAAUUUCUUUUAACAUUAAAGACAUUUCGUAAAGUUUUGAGUAAUAAAAAGCUUACCGUUCAAGAACGACAACGCAUUAUAUGUACAAUGGAAAAAAUAGAAUGUAUGAGAACAAGACUUAAAAUUAUGACUAGAAAAAAAAGCGGUGCUGGAGUACAAGUAAAUAAACAAAAUUCUCUAUUUCACAUCAUGUAAAAAGAGUAAUCAUAUCAAUCUUCUUUUACUCACAAAUGAUAAUUUAGAUGGUGGUGAUGUUGAUGAAAGUGAUGAGUUUUUAUCUCAAUCACAUUAUGUAUACAUUAAAAGUCUGUCACGUUUAAUCAGUAAUAAUUUGACAAAUAGAAAAAAGUAAAUUUAUGUUUGCGAUAGAUGUUUAAAUUUUUUUUAUAAAGAAGAUGACUUAAUUUCCUGGGACGCUAUGCUCAAACAUACAGGUGUACAAUUAAAACUUCUAACAGACAUUGACAUGGUACUUUUUAUAGAACGAGGAAUUCGAGGUGGUUUGAGUCAGUGCUCUAAUCGGUAUGCAGCAGCUAAUCAUAAGUACAUGCUUGAAAAGUAUGAUAAAGAUAAAGCAAAUGAAUACUUGAUUUAUUUAGAUGCAAAUAAUUUAUACGGAUUUGGGCUUUCACAGUGUCUUCCGUAUGAUGAAUUUCAGUGGCUUGAAAAUUGUGAAAGUUUUGAAUUAUCGCAUCAGACGCUUCUCAUAGUUAUAUUUAGAAGUAGAUUUAGAUUAUCCUCCUGAAAUACACGAUGAUCAUAAUGAUUUACCAUUCUGUCCAGAACAUGCAAAACCUCCGGGAUAUAAGUAGGAAAAACUUUUAGCUACACUUCAACCUAAAAGAAAUUAACUUAUUAAUUAUAUUGCUCUGCAACAAGCUCUUUCAAACGGUCUUCGACUCGUUAAAAUACAUAAAAUUCUAAAAUUUAAGCAGUCUCCCUGGCUCAAAUCAUAUAUUGAUUUGAACACUAGUACGAGGGCAGUAGCAAAAAAUGAAUUUGAAAAAAACUUUUUCAAACUAAUGAAUAAUGCUGUAUUUGACAAGACCAUGGAAAAUAUUAGAAAACGAGUUACAGUCAAACUAAUGAGUAAAUACGAUGGAAGAUAUGGUGUCGAAGCUCAAAUUUCGAAGCCAAACUUUCACAGUAUUUCCAUAUUUAAUGAUAAUCUAGUUGCAAUACAGUUAAAUAAGACUGAUAUACUUAUGAAUAAGCCAAUCUAUGUUGGGCUUGUAGUUUUAGAUCUCUCCAAGACACUGAUGUAUGAUUUCCAUUAUAAUUAUAUACGGCAAAUGUACAAAGAUAAUUGUAAAUUAUUAUACACAGAUACUCAUAGUUUUAUAUAUGCUGUUAAAUGUGAUGAUUUUUAUGAAGAUAUGAAGAAGAAUAUUCAUAAAUUCGAUACAUCAGAUUAUCCGGCAGACAAUGUAUUUAAUAUGCCAUGUGUUAAUAAAAAGGUCGUAGGACUUAUGAAAGAUGAAUGUAAUGGUCAGAUUCUUACAGAAUUUGUUGAAUUGAGAAGCAAAAUGUACAGUACACGCGUUAAUAAUCAAGAUAGUAUGAAAAAAAUCAAGGGUAUCAAAGCUUCAGUUGUAAAGAAAACCAUUGAAUUUAAUGACUAUUUGGACUGUCUACGUAAUUCACGCAUUCAGAGUCGAGAGCAGUACGCUAUAAGAUCCAAAGUUCACAAGGUGGAGACCAUUAGACAGAGGAAGAUUGCUCUCAGUCCUUACGAUGAUAAAAGAUUUCUUCAAGAUAAUACUACUGAUACGCUUGCCUGGGGGCACUAUAAAAUAUUACAAAAUGGAAACGUCUGAUUCCAGCAAAGAGAAGCGUGUACGAUUCAAGAAAGAACCAACCAUACACUUGAUGUAUAAAUGGAAAUUUGCGCAUCAUGAAGCUCGAUGUGGCAAGUGGGAACAGGUUGCACGCGAUCGAGAACGUUUUAGGAGAAGAAUUUUACAAAUAAAUGAAAUUAUAUUGCCAGUACUUGUAAAAAAAUUGAAGGAAAUGUAAAUAAAUGAACAAUAAAUUUUACAUCAAUUAUAA